AUGCCUACAUCUGGAAUGUUCGACGUUUUUGCAGAACCAUCUGCCCAAGCCUUCAGUUUUCGUUUCCAUCGUUCGCCCCCUUCGUUGCCUUCUUCUUUCCAUCCGGUUCCAUUGUUCACCUGUUUCCUUGCCUUCUUCUCUUUUGAUUUGAAAAUCAAUCUCUAUCUAAAAGCUGUGCGCACGGGUAACGCCGCCGUCGGCGUACGUGGCACCGACACCAUCGUUCUCGGCGUCAAAAAGAAGUCCACAGCAAGCUCGAGGACUCCAGAUACAAUUUUUGUUGCUGAUCUUGGCGAGAACCUUGGCUUUUACAUGGAGCAUAAUGUAUAUAUAAGUCAUGUGCUUUCAAACCACAAUCACAAACAGAAUCUGUGUUGUCUUAACUGCGUUUUCGACUGUUUGAUAGCUCUUCCCAUUGUUGUUAGGCAACAGGCAGAUGAUAGUAAACAAUAUGAACAACCGACAUGUGAUGAAAUUGGUGGUUUGGUUGUGGGAGAUAUAGGCCUUUUUGAUUCGAAUAGAGAUAUUGUUAUAGAGUUGAAAGCUGGAGAGUUGAAACGAAUCACAAAAUUAAAUCCAAAGUUCAUGUCUUUGCAAUAUCCUAUUCUUUUCCCUUAUGGCGAAGAUGGUUAUAGACCUGAUUUAAAAUGGAGCAAUGAUUACAAAGGUCAUGACCCCAAAAGAGGAAGGGUGCCUAUGAGAGCUUUCAUAGCUUACCAGAUUCAGGAAAGAGGACCUUUAUUGGAUACAUUGUUAAAAGGUGGAAGAUUGUUCCAACAGUUUUUAGUAGAUUCUUACGCAACACUUGAAGAAGAUCGAUUGGAUUACAUUAGAAAAAAUCAAACAAAUUUGAGAAGUGAGAUUUAUAAAGGUAUUUAUGAUGCAAUUUCAAAGGGUGAUAGUGAUGCCAAUAAUGUGGGACAAAAAGUGAUAUUGCCUAGCUCAUAUACUGGAAGUACUAGAUACAUGCUUAAUAACUAUCAAGAUGCUAUGGCAAUUUGUAGGCAUUAUGGUAAUCCUGAUUUGUUUAUAACUUUCACAUGCAAUGUCAAAUGGCCUGAAAUUGUUAGAGAACUUGACAACAAGCCUGGAUACAAAGGAGAGGAUAGACCUGAUCUAAUUUCUAGAGUGUUUAAAAUGAAGCUUGAUGAUAUGAUCAAUUAUAUCAAAUCAGGAAAAGUUUUUGGAGAAGUUGAGGCAGAAAUUUGCACGAUCGAGUUCCAAAAAAGGGGAUUGCCUCAUUGUCAUAUGUUGGUUUGGUUGAAAGAAGGUUAUAAAUGCUUCUCAGCAGUAGAUAUAGAUUCUAUCAUUUGUGCUGAAUUACCAGACAAGGAUGUGGAUCCUAUGCUUUAUGACGUUGUAAACCAAUUCAUGAUCCACGGUCCGUGCGGAGAAAUCAAUCGUAAUUCUCCAUGCAUGCGGGGAGGUUCAGAUAGAGCUAGAGUAGUUUUUCAAGACAAGCCAGAGGAUGAGAUAUUAGCUUAUCUUAAUUGUAGAUACAUAUCUCCAUAUGAAGCCGUUUGGAGAUUGUUUCAAUACCCUAUUCAUUCUAGAGAGCCUGCUGUUGAACGAUUAUCCAUACAUUUGCCUUUAGAACAAAAUGUUGUUUUCAAUGGUGAUCAAUCACUUGAAUCAAUUGUUAGCCAAAAGGGUAUUGAAGAUACUAUGCUAACAAGUUGGUUUAAAGCAAACCAAAUGUUUCCUGAAGCGCGAACAUUGACUUAUACAGAAUUCCCUACAAAAUUUGUAUGGGAUUCUCGCAACAAAAUUUGGAAACCUAGGAAACGAAGGAGAUCAAUAGGUAGAAUUGCCUAUGUACAUCCUACAUCUGGUGAAUUGUAUUACUUGAGAAUGCUUUUGAAUUUGCAAAAAGGUGCCUUAAAUUUUGAUCACAUCAAAACUAUUGAUGGAAUCAUACAUCCGUCAUAUCAGGCUGCAUGCAAAUGCCUUGGUUUGUUAGGAGAUGAUAAAGAAUGGAUUGAGGCCUUAGCAAAUGCUGUGGACACAGCCUCAUGUUCUCAACUAAGACAAUUAAAGCUUUUCUAA